CACCCACACGCCCACCCACACCCACACCCACACCCACACCCACACCCACACCCACACCCACACCCACACCCACACCCACACCCACGCUCACCCACACCGACACCCUAAAAAUACUAGCAGCAUCCUCAAAAGCGAUUUUCUGACCAAAGCCCAAGAGUGGUAUCACUUGCAGGGCUCGGCAUUUUUCACAGGCAUGUCAGAAAGAGCUGAUAUUUUGCUUUUAGAGGUUUCUAAUGAUGGUCUAUCGUUUGAGAUAAUCAAAUCGAAAAUCAAAAAUUUAGCUCCGACUGGCUUGGUUCGUGCUAUGGCGGACCCUCUCUUAAACAGCUCUAUAACUUAAACAAAAAGAGCGAGGGUCUUCUUUACGGCUGUGUCAAAAACAGCUAUUAAGUUUCUAUGAUAGGCGAGCUUCGAAGCGAGUUUUAGUAAUAUUUGUAGUCGGAGUAUGCAACUAUACCCAUAUUUUUACUCUUUUUGCAGGGGAAAAUGCUCGGAGAUUGACAGAUACAGACGGUGCAUAUGUUACCUGUUGAUAAGUUGUGUCGAUAUCAUUUUCUUAAAUGACUGGUUUGAUUGGUCAAAAACCGCUGAAAUGGUUGCAGUUUCUUUAUCUAUCAUGCCACCACUUUUAUUUGUUCGUGAGUUUUCAAUUUCGGUCUUGUCUGAUAACGAUCCUAUCUCCACUUUUCGUACAUAUGAUAUAUCCAUCAAAGCUUUUGUUUGAUCGUCCAGAGUACUAGUUACGAGUAAGCCAUUACGAUUUUGAAAAUCCCGCAAAGUCUCCGAUAAGACAAUAUUACUGCAUAAUUUAUCAUUACAUUGGAUGUAACCGUGUAAUUUUAGAUAAGAUAAAACGUCAUUUAAUUCGAUUGGUACUGAAUGAACAGCACUGACCAUAAUGAUAAGCAACACAAAAGAAUUAUUCAUCUCAACGAAUCUAAAACAGAUUAACAGAGUGUUGAAAAUGACAAUAAACUAUUUUGCAUUAGUUGAUUAAUCGAAGUACGGGACAUUUUCUUAUCAAUAUGAGCAAAUCAUUUAUAAUUUGUUCGAAAACUUUUCCUCAUAAAGAGUUACACGUAACCCAGAAACAAUAGCUUUAAGAUGUUGUUUGACUGUUGAACGUCUAGUACCAUUGAAAAAUCUGUUAGUGAAUAGAAUCAUAACUACACAAAAGUUAACAAUACAGAAUAUGGAGGAGUCGAUCGAUAAAGUUAUGGUCAUAUUGCAUCAUCUAAAAAUAGCAUCAUAAAAGUAGAAAAAUCAGUUACAUCAUAUUUUUGAAAACAUCGCUCCAACCACAAUAUUUAGUGACAAAAAAUCAAAUUUUAUGAUAAAUCAUAAGGUUUUAUUGAGGAAUACUGUGUAUGGAUAAUCAUAUGGGCGUGCUGCAUCAUAUGAUACCCCGAACUUUAUUUGUUUGUUUAACUUCAACUGCACAUCCGAAAAGGCUGAUUUUUUCACCACUUAUAGUACACAUAUAAUGCUAUGAUUUGUCAUUGUUUGAGCUGUAUGUCUCACCAGGACUAAGAGUCAUCUAGUACCUUCUUAUUAUCUUUCUGUUCAAGUACUUCGUAUCUAAUUUUUUAACAUAAAGUGCGUGUCACUCAGCGUUUUUCAGAUUGUAUGAAGUCUUGUAAUUUUGGCUACUAGGAGCAUGAAUAUUUGAUGAAAAAUAAAUACCGAUUAGCGAUUAAUAAAAACCGAAUGAACAACAAUAGGUAGACUCACACACAUUCAUAUCUGCUAAAGCAUACAUUUUCUCUAUCACAAACACGUAUUAUCGUCUGUAUAGCAUCUAAGUGAGACAGUUUUUUUCCGUUCUUUUUUCUUCUUUGAAUGUUAUCAUGUUCUAGCUACAAAUUUCGUAGACAACAAUAUUUUAUUCAUUCUAUUGUAUCUUAUCUCCCAGUCACAUUGUUCUUGUUCUAUCUUCAGUCGAUUAUUUUCCUUGAUUCUGUUCGUUCUGUCUUUUCUUUACCACGUUUUUACACAAUUGCAAUAGCUUAAACCUUUGUAUUAUGUCCUCUCGACAAAUUCAAUGGAGCUGUUCUCAAUGUAGAUCUGGUGCGAUGGAUCGUCGAAAAUAUCGCACAAACUGUCACUCCAUGUUAACCUACACAUGUAUUGGGUCGGGAAAAUCUGGGUUGUACACAAACUAUUAUCGACAUCGUGAUAGCUGUAUUCAUUGCACGUCAGAACUUGAAGAAGAACAACCACAAAAAGUACAAGAGAAACAGGUGGCUAUUCAACAAUUUCAUAUCUUAAAUGAUGGUUAGUAAUAUGAAUGCUCUUGGUUUACACAUGUACUUUCUAUUUCGUUAUUUUGAGUCUCAAUAUUCUAUAACAAGUAAUUAAUUGUAUACCAUUUUGUUUCGAUAUUUUAGAACAACAUCCGUGGUCUGAAUGGGGUCAUACUAAUGAAUCCUGUCUACAACAUACAGGGCAUGAUAUUGAACAAGUACAACAGUUGUAUUCAAUAUGUGAACAAUUACUUAUUGAUUACUGCUACCAUAGAAACAAGGAAUAUCCAAAUAGUACUAAUGCAACAUAUUUAUCUCCUAUGAAUUUACUCGUAGUGACGUUGUGGUACUUAAAGCAUUAUCAUGCUGAACGUUAUAUUGCUACUGAAUUAUAUUUGGAUCCAUCAACAGUGCAUCGCAUGUUAUCAAAGGUUGUGGAUAUCUUACAUUCGUCGGUAUAUCCAGGAUUAGUUUCAUUGCCUGCCAAUAUGACUGACAAAAACAUAAAACAUGGAACUGAAGAACACCAUAAACUAAUAGUUGAUUCGACCUUCAUUGCAAUUCCCCAACCAAAUGAUUCACAGCAACGUAAAGCAUAUUAUCAUUCAAAAAGUACAACAAAUUAUGCAUUUAAAGUCCAAAUAGCUUGUGAUUUUUAUCAUCGAAUAGUACAUGUAUCUGAAUGUUAUCAUGGUAGUGUACACGAUAUUACGAUUCUGAGGGAAUCGGGAUUAUUAGAGCACACAGAAGAAGCUGUUCAAAUUAUUGCGGACAAAGGCUAUAUUGGUGAACAGUAUGUCAUCACUCCAAAAAAAAAGCCUUAUAAAGGCGAAUUAACAACUUAA